CCCUCGCACACCCAGGCCCUUUUGAUGGGUGCUUGGUAUUUCCAGACCGGGGUUACCCCGUUCAAACUCGGAGCAUCUGCGACCGCUUCUCCACGGCUCUGCUUAUCUCCAUCCGCCCAACCCACUUCUUCCGGUUAUGUUGUGUACCACUCCUCGACACGAGCUUCCUACGGAAACCACCAUUUCUUGGUUGAACAUUGCGCAUAAACUAAAAUCUCAUGGCAAAAUAAGCUUAUCCACUCGAUUUUCCUGUCCUUUAUUUUACCGGCGUAAUUUACCCGCCGAGUCCGCUCCUUUCGGACGAGAGAUCAACCGAGGUUGAUGAUACCAUACUGAGACCCCAGAGGUUGCACAGAAGGGUUCUAGAACACACAGGUAGCGGGUUUGAACUAUAGAAAGAGGAACCCUUUCUCUAAGUCUAAAGCAUUCUCGAGCACUUCGUUACUGACGGACCGUCGGAAGCGAAUGUUGACCUUGCUACCACGCACGGUGCGUGCGAUAAUCCCACCAGCAAGCGUGGCAAUCCCACUCCGUCCCCAAUUACGCCCGUGGCAGUAAGCCCCGCUUCGAUUGGUAAUGAACCCUGUGACGGACUCUGCCUUUUAGGGUCGCGAUAACGAGAAAGUUGGCAUCAAGGGGAAAUUACACCUCAAUGAAGUUGCUUAGACCAGCGAUUCGCGCCACUCGAUCAAUCUCUCUCAAACCACCUGUGACCUCUUUAAUCCGCCCCUCCUUCCCACCGUGCCGACCGCUCAGCACCACCCCCACCAUGUCCAAUGCCCGGCCCGAUUUCGAGCAGCUCCAAGCUUCCCGUCCGGACUUCCGCCACGAUGCCGAGGUGAUCGUUUCCAAGUCCCCGAACCCGACCUGGAAACAAGGCGAUGGUGCGAACGACGGCGGAGAAAGCCUCAAAAAGGAUCACGUCGAGAUCGACCCCUAUGCCGACGGCCGACCCGUCGCGUCCAACUACAAGCUGCUGAUUUCGGGAAUGGUGCCGCGACCUAUCGCCCUGAUCAGCACGCAAUCCGCGGACGGGAAGACUACGAACCUCGCACCGUUCAGCUACUCGCAGCUUGUCAACCAUGAUCCGCCCCUGUUCGUUGUCGGGUUCGUGGGCUCGCUGGAUAGAGCCAAGGAUACAUUGAAGAAUCUGAAUGACACGAAGGAGUGCGUGAUCAAUAUUAUCUCGGAGCACUUCCUCGAAGCUGCGAACUCAACUUCGAUCAAUGCGCCCUACGGUCACUCGGAGUGGGAGGUGUCGGGCCUCACCAAAGGCUCAACGUCCGUGGUUAAGCCUGCGCGUGUGAAGGAAUCGAUCCUGGCGAUCGAGGGCAAAUUGGUCGAGGUCAAGGAGUUUGAGAGCCGGGCUAAUCCCGGAAAACCGAGUAGUGUGCUGGCCAUUAUCGAGGGUGUGCGAUUCUGGGUCCGUGAGGAUGCGAUUGACGAGGAGCAGACUGUCAUCGACCUGAAGGUCCUCAAGCCGAUUAGUCGGCUGGGUGGUAUCUCGUAUGGUCGUACCACCGAUGUGAUUGAGAUCCCUCGCCCGCAAUUCUAGAGCUUUGUAUAGAUCAUAGACAUAGGUACACCCAGCGAAUCUGGGGAGAAUAUGGUGAAAGAGACCAGGCGUGAUGAAUCAAUCAAGCCGUUCCUAUUACUCAACUCUUCAUUACGAAGCAUGAAUCACGCGUUCUCUCGAGGAUAAUUCCUAAAUUUAUCUGCCCAUGAAUGCAUUC